AUGGAUCUCGUUCUGAUCAUUUCCACAUUCAUUAUUCUUCUAAGCUUGUGUUUGAUUCACGUCCCGAAAUCACUGUGCCAGCAUCCACAGUUUUUGGCCUGUGGUGGUGGCGGCUUUCAGUGUGGAGACAUAAACUUCACUUUUCCCUUUUGGACUGGGAAUGAACCAAACAUUGGUUGCGGUUAUCCAGGUUUCCAGGUAAGUUGCCAUAACGGCGCCAGGAUGAGGAUCGGAGAUCUAACAUACAUAGUCCUCGCCCUCGGCCUGGAUUACUCCCCUUUGAAAACUGUAACUGUUACAAGAGAGGAUAUGUGGAAUAAUACUUGUUCCGCACUUCUCAAAAACACUACUUUGGAUUCCAACAUCUUCAGCUACGCUAGCAACACUCAAAACCUUACUCUUUUUUACGGUUGCCCUUCUUCUUCUCGGUCCAGGGCUAAUCCAUCGAAUGAGUUUACUUGUGUUGUAAAUGGUACCUCAACUCGCAAUUUUUUCACUAUGAGUGAUUCCGAUACAACUUUCCUUUCUCAAUUUAAAUGCAAUAGCACCAUACAUGUACCAGUUCAUCAGACUUCUGCUCAGAAUUUAAUGGAUGUUGUUGGCCUAAGUAAUGUGCUACGCGCUGGCUUUACAUUGCAAUAUGAAGCAAAUAAUACAGCCUGUGAAGGAUGCAUUCAGUCAGGCGGGCGAUGCGGGUACAAUUAUGCUUCCAGUUCAUUUGUGUGCUACUGCUUUGAUCGUCCCUACGAUCUGGCAUGCUCUGCAGCUCGAACAAGCAGUACCGUGAAGUUUUCUCGAGUUGCAGUGACUUCAGUAGUAAUCAUAAUAUUAAUCUACUGCCUUGCUAAAAAGAACUCAUGGUGGGAGGCACUGAUUCACUGGAAGUCGAAGAAAAGAAACAACCAACUCGUUCAGGAGUUCAUAAGGAAUUACGGAUCCAUCGCUCCCAAGUUAUACACUUAUUCAGAAAUCAAGAAGAUGACCAGUUCAUUUAAGAACAAAUUGGGCCAUGGCGGUUAUGGUUGUGUAUACAAAGGUACGCUGUCUGAUGGUCGUGAGGUAGCUGUCAAGGUCUUGAAUGAUAACAAGGGGAAUGGUGAGGAUUUCAUCAAUGAAGUUGCCGCUAUUAGCAGAACUUCCCAUGUUAAUGUUGUCAAUCUAUUAGGCUUCUGUUACAACAGGGGAAAGAGAGCAUUGAUCUAUGAGUUCAUGCCGAAUGGAUCCUUGGAUAAGUUCAUAACUAAGAAGGAAUCUUCACAGGACACAAUGAAAGAUCAGUUGGAGUGGGAAUUGUUGUACAAAAUUGCAGUUGGCAUUGCACGAGGACUGGAAUAUCUGCACCAGGGUUGCAACACAAGAAUUGUUCAUUUUGACAUAAAGCCUCAGAAUAUACUUCUGGACAGAAACUUCUGUCCCAAGAUUAGUGAUUUUGGCUUAGCUAAAUUGUACAAGAGGAAUGAGAGCAUUUUAACUACAAUGACUGCUAGAGGGACCAUUGGAUAUGUUGCCCCAGAAGUAUUUUGCCGAAACUUUGGUGGAGUUUCUCAUAAAUCCGACAUCUAUAGUUAUGGAAUGAUGGUACUUGAAAUGGUCGGCUUGAGAAGGAAACUCGAGCCUAAUUCACAACAAACUAGCGAAAGCUAUUUUCCGAAUUGGAUAUAUGAGCAUGUGGAAGAUGGAAAAUCCUUACCAGUCGAAGGCGUGGUGAAUGACAAAGAGGAAGAGAAUGCAAUGAAGAUGAUCUUAGUAGGACUAUGGUGCAUCCAAACAUAUCCAGCUGACAGGCCAUCAAUCAGUAAGGUUGUAGAAAUGCUUGAGGGUAGCCUCCAUUCGUUGGAGAUUCCACCAAAACCUUUUAUAGAUUCCCCUAUUGAUGGAUAA